AUGCUAGGUGGAGGCUGUCACCCAACAUGUCCGCCGCGUUCCGCCGUUGAGACAUACCGUAUACCUCGGGCGGUGCCUGAGGUUGUAGAUCACACCACCAAGACCGCUGACGCUAUUCAAAUCCAACCAAAGAUCCUACACUUCAUCUAUACGACCUGA